AUGUUGUCCUACGGCCGUCUAAUUUAUGUGAUGCUCCCUCUCCCACAGUCCUCCCCAAAUCGAUCCCCAGAGGGGCCGAAGUGUGGGGUCCCCGCGGCUGACGUCAAAAGAACGGCAACUGUCUUGCAUUCUGGGUCCUUCUCGGGAAUUACUCGCUGGAGAGAUGCGACAGUUGGUGGACAGCCGUGGCAGGUCUCCCUGAAAUUAGGUGAGCACCGCUUCUGCGCAGGAAGCUUGAUCCGAGAUGAUCUGGUUGUUACGGCAGCACACUGCCUGGUUGGCCUCAAUGAGAAGCAAAUUAAGAGUCUGACUGUGACUGGGGGGCAGUACAACCUCUUUCAAAAGGGUAAACAAGAACAGAUUCCUAUCUCCAAAAUGAUUCUCCAUCCAGAGUACAACAGACUUGGAUAUAUGAGCUCAGAUAUCGCACUGCUGUAUUUAAAACACAAAGUCAAGUUUGGAACUGCUAUUCAGCCAAUCUGUCUCCCCAACAAAGAUGAUAAAUUUGAAGCAGGGACUCUCUGCAUGACCAGUGGAUGGUGCAAGACUUCAGAGACAUCAGAAUAUUCAGAUGUCCUACAAGACGUGGAACUUCUCAUCAUGGAUGACAGAACAUGUAAUACUGUGCUCACGGGUAUGAACUUUGCUCUCCUGGGAAGGACCGGGAUGUGUGCUCGUUUUCCUGAUGGGCUAAGGGAGGCCUGCCGGGGAGACUCUGGAAGUCCAUUUGUUUGUAGCAGAGACAGUGGAAUCUGGGUCCUUGCUGGAAUAACUUCCCGGGGAGCUGGCUGGACUAGAGGUUGGCCUUUAAGAAAUAACCAUAGAAGGGCAUCACCUGGCAUUUUCUCCAAGGUGUUUGAGUUGAUGGAUUUUAUCACUCAGAACAUGUUCACAGGAAUGCCCAGGGGGCAGCCUCUGCACAACGGAGAGGCCCUUGCUGUUACUCAUGAUUUGCAAAAACUGGAUAAGGAAUUAUUAAAUCUGAAGGACUCAGAUUGUAGAUCUCAGGAAACAGUGUUAUUUGGAGAAUAUGGGAAGAUUCAUUACCUCCAUUCCAAAGAAAGCAACUGUUCUCAUAAUUGCUUAUGUAUGUGGAAAAUAAUGGUACCAGAAGAUAAAAUCAUCCUGAUAAAAUUUAUAAGUUUAGACAUACAAAAUCAAGUUGGAUGUGACCAUGGCUAUAUAUCUUUACAAUCAAGCAAUGGAGUGCUUAUUAGUAAGGUCUGUGGAGAUAUAGUGCCUUCACCAUUGCUGACAGAGACCAAUGAGGCUACCAUUGCAUUUGUUUCUGAUACAGAAAACAGUGGUAGUAGUUUUGAGCUUACUUUUAUGGCUGUUCGGAAGAACUCAGAAGCUGGUUCAGGGUGUGGGAGUGUGGCCGUAUUGGUGGAAGAAGGGAUGAUUCACUCUGCCAGUUACCCUGACUCAUAUCCCACGAAUGUAAAGUGUCACUGGUUCAUUCGUGCUCCAGAGAAACACAUUAUAAAGUUGGAAUUUGAGGACUUUAUCACUGAAUUUAGCCAAAACUGUAUGUAUGACGCUGUUGUGAUUUACGGCGAUCCUGAAGAGGAGCACGAGUCAGCCAAACUUUGUGGAAUCUUGAACCCUACUCCAAUAUUCAGUCCUAAUAACAUGCUGGUGAUUCAUUUUAAAAGUGAUGGUGAAAAUAACUUCCAAGGCUUCAAGGCUAGAUUCACCUUUUUGCUCUCAGACUCUUCAAACCAAGUUGGAUCAACAUCAUCUCCCAAAGCCAAUCCUGUGUCUUCUGCAAAAGCCAUUCCAUAUGGCAUCUGUGGCAUCCCUCCAUUUCGUCUCUGGUGGCUUUCCAGAAGAACCGUAGCGGGGGAGGAAGCCUGCCCCCACUGUUGGCCAUGGCAGGUGGGUGUGAGGUUUCGAGGCAGUCACCAGUGUGGAGGUGCCAUCCUCAGUCCAACUUGGAUUCUCACUGCAGCCCACUGUGUGCAAUCGAAAAAUAAUCCACUCUUUUGGACCAUUAUUGCUGGGGACCAUGAUAGAACCUUGAAGGAACCAACGGAGCAGGUGAGAAGGGCAAAGCACAUCGUGGUGCAUGAAGACUUUGAUAGACAGAGCUCUGACUCUGACAUCGCCCUAAUACAACUGAGCUCUCCUCUGGCGUUCAACUCCAUAGUGAGGCCGGUGUGUCUCCCACAAAGCAUGGAGCCACUCUUCUCCUCUGAGAUCUGUGCUGUGACUGGAUGGGGAAGCGUUAGUGAAGAUGGCAGCCCAGCAAGGCGCUUACAGCAGAUUCGGGUGCUUGUGUUAGAAAGAGAGGUCUGCGAACGCGCUUACUGCUCUCCCCCAGGAGGGGUCACGGAGAAGAUGAUCUGUGCUGGCUUUGCGACCUCUGGAGGGAAGGAUUUCUGUCAGGGAGACUGUGGUGGGCCAUUAGUAUGUAGACAUGAAAAAGGCCCCUUUGUCCUGUAUGGUAUUGUCAUCUGGGGAACUGGCUGUGCCCAAACAAGGAAACCAGGUGUAUUUGCCAGGGUGAGUGUCUUCUUGGACUGGAUCCAAUCCAAAGUCAAAGAUCCUGCUUCACUUCAGAUAAAUAAUGAAAGAAAAACCUUAACAGGACAACAGCCACCACCCACACCUUCAAUAGACAAGGAGUCUGGACCAGGUUGUUAUUCUGAAGUGGAGCUAGAAGAACCUAGAGGCUUUUUUUCAACUCCAAGAUAUCCACUGGAUUAUAGAGGAAAACUGGAAUGUUCUUGGGUGCUCAGAAUUUCACCAAGCAGUAUGGCAAAAAUGACGGUGGAAUAUCUGUCACUCCCUGGGUCACCUCUGUGUCCAGAUUCAGUUAUGACUAUUUAUGAAGAAAGCCACAGUGAGAGAAGGGUGUCAGGUGAAUUAUGUGGAAGAGGGCUUUACCCAAUGAUUUUCAUGAGCUCUGGACCACUGGUGAGAGUAGCAUUUCGUUCACUUGCGGGAGGUGCUUUGGGCAUAAGUUACAUUGUCUUUAGAGUCCAAGGUCCAAAGGGCAGUAACCUUCUCAAAUUCCUCCAAAGUUCAAACCAAGAACAUUUGGCCACUUGUGAGGAUGUUAUUCUGACUGAACCAGGAGGAAUCAUACAGAUCCCAAGAUACUCUCACAGAACAACUAUGAGUUGCCACUGGAAGUUAUUAGCCCCUUCAAAUCACAUCAUUCGCCUUGAUAUUAUCAACUUCCAGAUGAAGCCAACACCCUUGGCCUGUCAGGGUCAUAUAUGGGUUUUUGAAGGAUCUGGAUCAGGCAAAAAAUUAAUAGGAAAAUUAUGUGAAGGAAAUUCACCUUCAUUAAAAUCUCAUGGUCCUCUAAUGAUGUUGAUUUUCACAUACAAUGUCAGUUUGGCUGAGGAAGAAUUUUCUUUGAGAUAUUCUUUUCAUAUUCCUGAUUCCAAGAGAGGGAAAAAUAAUGAUCAAGGAUGUCCAGUAUUGGAUUUGAUUCCCGUUAGUUCUACUGAGAUCACAUCUCCCAAUUAUCCUCACAUUUAUCCCAACAUGCUGAACUGCACUUGGACUUUUUAUUCCGUGUCAGGAAGUAAAAUGAAGGCAGUGAUUAAAGACUUUAUAACAGAAGAAUCUUGGAACUGUGAAUGGGAUUAUGUCAGUAUUUAUGAUGGACCAGAUCAGCAAUCAAGAUUACUUGCACAUUUUUGUGGUUCCAAGAAAGAACUUGUCUUAAUAUCCAGUGGUGCUUACCUGACUCUGAAUUUUAAGACUGAUUGGUCUGUGGGAGAAAGAGGUUUUAAACUUAUUUUGGAAGACACAAUUCGGAAGCAUUCACAAGAAAGUAAUAUGGGGACCCAACUGCUUGUCGAUGAGAUCACAGUAGAAAACAGUCCUGGAAAACAGCCACCCCAAGACACAUGUGGAAUUCCAGCUGUUGACCCGUUUCUAAUGGAAGGGUCUGAGAGAAACACAAACAUGCUGCCCACUGGGCUUGGGGCGCCCAGGGUGGUUGGUGGCCUUGCAGCACCUGCAAAGUCAUGGCCCUGGCUGGUCAGUCUGCAGCACCAAGGACAACAUUUCUGCGGAGGGGCUCUGAUCGCGAAGCAGUGGGUCCUGACAGCGGCGCACUGCAGCUUCAGUACGGUCACAGAUGGCCUAGUAAUAGGAAGAAGUUCCCUGUCCAACAUAGGAAAUGGUGAUUUGAUACCAGUGAAAGCCGUGUACACUCACCCUGGCUUCACCCAGUUCCCUCCUACUGAUGAUCUGUCUUUGCUGCAUCUGGAAAAACCUGUUGAGCUAGGAGAGUUUGUAUCUUUAAUCUGUUUGCCAGGGAAAUAUGAUAAAAUAAAUUUACUUUCCAAAUGUAUGACUGCUGGAUGGGGAAUAACUGAACCAUAUCAAGAUGAAUUUUCUAAAACAGUGCAGCAGGCAGCUGUACCACUGAUCAGUAGUACAUCCUGUCGAAGUUACUGGGGACUGGAGAUCAAAGACACCAAUAUAUGUGGAGGGGCUGCAGGAUCGUCCUCAUGCAUGGGAGAUUCGGGAGGCCCUCUGCAGUGUGCCCAGGAUGGACAAUACAAGCUCAUCGGUAUCGUGAGCUGGGGAAGCAGUAACUGCCAGCCUGCUGCACCGACGGUCUUUGCCAGAAUUUCCGCCUACAGGGACUGGAUCACAUUUGUCACUGGAGGAGAAGCGUGAUCACUAAGAGAGUAGCAUGGUGGAAUUGUGUUCAUAAAUGGGAAGGGAAAUGCCUAACAGAAUCCCUGAAAAAUAAGCUUUCUCUUAUCAGUGUUAAAAGACCCAGUGUCCCUUCCUCCAACCCGUGUCACGGAGGACCUUGGAUUGGGUGUGUACACACGUUUAAUGUUAAACAUUGAACACAGAAACCUAAUGUUGAUUCAAGCCU